GGUCGCCAAGUGUACGGUAUAGUGUGGUGCUAGCAAUACCUUUUCGUCUGUUCUGUCGAUGGAGCAACGGCAAUACAGACGCCCACCUCCUACUGCUUCCACUCACUCGCCACAGAGCUUAUCAAAAUGGCGGCAGCUUCCUCCAUCCAGCCGCCGAGCGUACAUGCUCUAAACCAGGAAAAUACACCUUUCCCGGAUUCUGACAGCCCCGAGAGCCGACAGGAUGAGGACACCACAUCGGACGGCCCCUGUCUUCGAGUCUUGUCUGAUUUAGAGCCCGAAGAAAUCGAAAGGAGGCUGGAAAAAACUCGCAGGGAGCUGAGCAACAGGAGGAAAAUUCUCAUUAAGAACCUGCCACAAGAUAUAACCAACCAGGAGGUCCAUGACAUUUUGAGAGAAUAUGAACUGAAGUACUGUUAUGUGGACCGAAACAAAGGAACAGCCUUUGUGACGCUGCUGAAUGGAGACCAGGCCCAGGAUGCCAUCCGCUCCUUCCACCAGACCUCCAUCCGUGGCAGGGAGAUCACGGUGCAGCUGCAGCCCACCGACUCACUGCUGUGUGUCACCAACCUGGCCCACACCUUCGCCGGGGCGGCCUUCGAGGAGCUGGUGCGCGCCUACGGCAACAUCGAGCGCUGCUUCCUGGUGUACAGCGAGCUGACGGGCCACUCCAAGGGCUACGGCUUCGUGGAGUACAUGAAGAAGGACUCGGCCUCCAGGGCCCGCACGGAACUGCUGGGCAAGCAGCAGGGUGACCGCGCCCUCAUGGUGCAGUGGACCGACGUCAACCAGCUGACCGCCGAACACCUCCACUCCAAGUGCCUUUGUGUCGACAAGCUUCCCUUAGACUUCUGCGACACCGACGAACUCGCUCACAUUUUCUCCAACAGGUACAAGCCUGUCUUCUGCCAGCUGGCCCAGGAUGAGGACAGCCACGUGCGGGGCUUUGCCGUGGUGGAGUAUGAGACGGCGGAGCAGGCCGAGGCCAUGCUGACUGAGAUGGACAGGCAGCUGAUCGGGGGCCAGGAGAUUCGGGUGUCCCUCUGCACCCCUGGGACCUCAGGGAGGAGCACUCUGGCUGCCCUGAUCGCAGCUCAGGGGGUGAUGUCAAGCAACAAGAAGGGCCUGCUGCCGGAGCCCAGCCUGGCCCAGCUGCUGAGCAGCAUGAGUAAUCCUGCAGCCCUGCAGGUGCUGAUGAGGCCAUACCAGGCCACCGGAGGCAAACGAGGAGGGAAGUUUGGGAGGCCGCAGGGCUUGCCCUUCCUUCGCCCCCCUCUCACUGCAGCCCUGCUCCAGCUCGGGAAGGUGCAGCAGAACGCCCUGCUUGGGAAUGGCCUGGUGCUACAGAACCUCCUGCAGAUGCAGCUGGCCCAGCAACAACUCCUACAAAUCAAGGACAAACACAUAAGCAAUGUUCCCAGCCUGCUGGGCGAUCCUUCCAGACUGCUGUUGCAGAAGGCCAUGGGCCUCAGGACCACAGCCCCCAUGCCCCUAGGCAAGGGCCUGCUAGGGGACUCCCCGAACGAAGUUCCCCAGGAUCCUCUGCAGGCAGCCCCAGCUCAGGGUCCAGGGGGACCUGCCGGGAUGAUGCCGUACAUGGGCAGGCAGCACCUGGGCACCCCUGUCAGCGGCGAGCAGAACGGAGCCAGCGACAAGCAGCCAGCCCCGCCCGGGACCUCGGCCUCCUCCCAGCCCAUGGCACAGAGCUUCCUGCAGGCCAUGAGCUCCCCCGUCAUGGGCACCCUGCUGCCAGGAGCAGCUCCCAAAGCACAGCAGGGUCUGCAGAGCACAAGCGAGGGCGCCCCAGCGGGCAUGACUCAGAGCAGUCCUCAAACCUCACUGCUGGGAGAGCCACCCAAGGAACUCAAGCUGCCAUCUAACCCCUACCUGAACCUGGCCAGUGUGCUGCCCGGCAUGGUCCUACAAGCUCCUGCCAGUAGUAAAGCACAGAGUGUGGCUCCACACAGUGGGGUGUACAGCAGUGUGCUGGCUCCAGUCCCACAGCCCCCCACUCAGACCGCUGCCCAGUACGGCUCUGAUACCUCCACAGACUACGCACAGCAGUACAGCCAGCAGUACUCACAGGAAGCCAUGCAGCAGUGGUACCAGCACUACCAAACACAGGCCUACAGCGCCGCCCCACAGGAGAGCACAGGAACUGAUUAUGGGAAAGAGCAGGGCCAGAUAUCUGUGUUCACACAGCCCAGCUCCUCUAAGAUGUGUUUCACCCAGGGAACCGCCACUACGUCCUACGGGGAUUACAAUACCUACAUGCAGGCUGUCAGUCAGUACUAUUCUCAGACGCAGAUGUCUCAGGCAGCUGCUCAAGCCUAUCAGCACAGAGACGCAAGCAAGGAGGCCGAGGCUCCCAAGGCCCUCCACCCUGCCAGCAACGGCAGCGCCCACAGCGUUCACCCCAGCGGCCUGGUGCCCGGGUACAGCUCCAUCCCCGUCCUCCCGGGGUACAUCGGGGUGCAGCAGGCCCCGCCUGUCUCUGCCACCCACCCCCAGAGUGGACCGGCCGUCACCUCCACCGUCGCAGACUGGAGCCAGUAUUACUACAACCAGGCCAGGGGGCAGAAGCGUGAGUACUCCCAACUGCCUCUGCAGGACGCGGGGCCAGACGGGGCCUACGUGGGCCAGCAUUCCCAGGGCCUGGGCGGUCAGUACGCAGACUAUUACAAAAAGAAGAGGAUCUAGGACCCCGUGGCCCCCUCGGCCCCUCCCCGGUCCCUGCAGCCGUGUCGUCCAUGCUCUCGGUACCCCCUCUCCUCUGUCGCUGAUGUUGUCCAUGCCUUAACUUUGAACUUUAGUCAGUUGGUGUUAAAAGGUUUCCUGUACAUUUUUCUAAUGUAUGAUUUUGUAUUUGCAUUAAACACGGGCCUUCUUGUGGGGCGUGUGUUGUCCGGUAACUAUUAUUUCUGCGAAAACCCCCCCUCCAACAAUAGGGACAAACAGGGCCCCUUGGAAGAAGGUACCACUUUUUAGUUUAGGAGAAGUGAUAUUCCCCUUCGCUCUUUUGCUUUUUUCCUUCGCAUAUGAAUCUUGUUUCUUUCUUAAGGAAACCUCAAGGUGGCAUUUCGGCUGUAUAUAUUUUGCUCUCGUUUCGUAAGUGUUGGAGUGUCCAGCUAUUGACCGGAGAUUCUGAUGCUGCUGGAGUCUCUACCUACCAGGACCUCUGGAGACAGAGACCCAGGUCCCAGGACAAGGCUCUUCAUCCGGAUGGAUGGUGGCCUUCCUUUAGGUGCAAGGCCAUGUUUCAUAGUAACUGCAAUAAGGCACAGUAGUGCUAGACUGAACUCUCUGUAAACUGUGCUGUAGGAAAAGAAGCAUUUCUGCCAGUUUGUAUAUGAAGUGGACUUUCAGGUUGUUUGAAAAUACUAGGGCUUGAUUGCACGGACCUAGAAUAGGGAUGUUUUUCCAACUGCCAUUACAGGAAAACCGAUUUAUUUUGGAGAGCAACUUCACGCUGUCUCUCCUGUAAAUAUUUUCUUGACGUUUUCUUGCCUGGAAAUGACAAAGCAGGGAGACUGCUUUGAGUCUUGGCUGAUUACUUGGACCUUGCUAUUUUAGACACCCAGGCAAUAUUAAUCACAGCGCGACGCCAAUAUGAGAGUAUUAGCGCUCAGCUGUGCCGUGUCGAACCUCCCCCUCCCCUCUUCUCUGUAGUCUGUGGUGAAAUGGCUGAUUACCUCCUGCGGUCUCCAGCACUAGGGAUCAAAGUCACAAUUCACUCACUUUUCCGCUCAGGCAACUGACGGACUCUAAAGCCAUGCUUUUACUAGCACAGAAUGUUUAAAUGUUUAAAUAAUAUACAUAUACAAUCGUGACUUACUGACAUUUUCUAGCAUUAAGUUACGCUGGCAGGAAGCCAGUCAUUUUUCUUUAUUUCAAGGUGUACUGUGUUCAGCUGCAUAUUUCAUUUAAUGGCUGAUCGCUUUACGCCAAGCCUUAAAAAGGCAAUACUUUAGAGUGAACCUUAGAUCUCUGUAAUAGUGAAACUUGUUUUUUGGUUGUUGGGGUUUUUUUUUGUUUUUAUUUUUUUUACAAAUGCAGACUGUUGUUUUGCAUUUAUUCAGGAAUAUCAAGGCUGUUUUUACGCCCUUCAGGUGAUUGUACCAUCUUCUCUCCCUACCUUUUCCCAGUUCAUAGCCAUUAGCGCAUGUUCCAUUAGCAUUAGCUUCCAUGCCUGAAUAAGGCAGGCUACUGGGGAAUCUGGGAAUUCAAAGCCACGCUGAACCAGCACUUUAAUGUGGGUAAAGAAAGACAGAAAAGUAACAACCAGAUGUUAUCCUGACAAGUUUUAUUUGCCGGUGUCAUCCCAGCUUGAUUGCAAAAUGCUGUAUUGCUGUGCUAUUUCCUCUAGCUGUUUCUAGUGCUGCUAGCUGUAUGCAUCCACGUUUUAUUCCGUGGGGGACCCUUUGUUUAAGGCGAGUCUUAUUCCAGUGUGCGCUUUGGUAUGGCUAUGCAGGGAUUUAUCUGAAUACAUGUACCUCUGUGGUCUUUUGUGGGUACUCAUAUUUAGCAUUGCACAGAUCCCUAACCCAGUUAGUGUUGAAAGAGCUGGUACCCCCCCUUUUCCAAUAAUUAGUCUUCGGCAGUGAAGACCUUGUGAAGUAUGUGGAAAUGAAAGGCUGCUUUGCGAGACCCUUGUCUCUUUGGUGUUGCGUAGUGACCCCUGCUGGCGUAACACAAGGGGCCUCCAAACUGUUGCUGUUGUGCCUAAUUCUGCAUGUUGCCAAACAGGCAUAUCCUUCAUAGUCAUUAACACCAGGCCGCUUUCCCCUGAACUUUACAAGCACUGUCACGGAAGCGGCUUAUUUCACCGCUCGCCCCAAGUUAGAGCUACAAGGGGAACAGACAGUGCUGAUUCACUGCAGGGUUGAUAAGAAUCCAGAGCCCUUGAUACUGACUGAAAUGAACAACAAUGAUCUCAAAUUUAUGUGUAUAGGCUUUUCAAUAUUGAAGCAAUUUUUGAUGACUGCAAAGAACGUUCUAGUGUCUGUAGAAUAGAUCAGAAUAUAUAAGCUUCUUUCUUUUGUACAUUUACUUUAAAAUACACAUUUUUGCAAGCUUUCAUUUGAAAAUGAGAUUUUCUGACCUAAAAUUAGUUUUUGCAAUAUUUUAUAUUUUCAAUAAGUUGAUAUUUGCUUUACUGUGAAUAGGCCAUUUUUAGGAACAGUUGGAUUUUAGCAUGCAUAUUUACAGGUGUAAUAUAUAAGUUCUAAGAAUGUUUUCAAUAGUUGAUAUUGAGUAUGAAGCUUUUGAUUUUGACACAAACGUUUGAUUUUAUUUAUUUUAAUUGAAUGUUUAUUUAUGUACAUUUUCCCUCAGUCAUCCUCUUCCAUGUCCGAUCCCAACAAAAUCGUUUUUUUUUUUUGUUGGUUUUUUUUUUUUUUAAUUAAGGAAUUGUCGCUUUUACAUUCCAGAAUAAACAUUGACUGAUACCCCCAA